UCAAUGGGCUGGCCAAGGAGGGAGGAGGUCAUCCUCAGUUCAUCUCUGGAGCUGACAGAAUGCAGGCAAAAGUGAUGCAGUCACUAAAAUAUGCCCUGCAGCCAGCUGUGCAGGAUAUUUCUGUCACCUGGGAUUUACCACAAGGAGUGUCUGCCACCAUCCUUUCUCCACCAAUCACAGCAAUUUUUCAGGGUCAGAGGUCACUGAUUUAUGCCCAGCUCACUGGACAGAGUUCAGAGGCAGCAGAGGGCUCUGUGAUGGUGAAGUACACCCUGGCAGGUCAUCCCUCUCAGGACCAGCUUCACUUCAGGCUCAAACCYGCAGAGGACACUGGAUUAACAGUCCACAGGYUGGCUGCUCGCUCUGUGAUUCAGUGUCUGGAGUCAGAGGAGAGACAACACAGAGGACAGCAGGAUGAUGAAGAGAAGAAGAAAAAGGUGGUGGAGCUCAGUGUCCAAUCAGGAGUGAGCAGUUCUUUCACUGCUUUCAUUGCUGUUAAYAAAGAYAACAAAGAGCCAAUUCAAGGACCUCUGGUGCGCAGAAAUAUUCCAACACCUUUCU